GGGGUCCAAAGUCUAACUGACUUGUGCUUAAGUAUUUUAUGACCACGUAAGGCAUGUUUGACAGCAUAGAAAACAUAGGAGACAGUGAGGCAAACAGCUGAACUGAAAGCUGAAGGUAACAGGAAAGGAAAUGACUGAAGAAGAGAUGUCCUCCCAAGUCAUACUGAGGCUGCUGCCCAGAGCCAGAUGCAUGUUUGAUGAGCCUGUUCAGGUGACGGUGUCCGGGCUGAGGGCGAGACAGGUGGUCACCAUGAGAGCCAGGUCAACUGACGAGAAAGGAGUGGAGUUCAGCUCCUCGGUCACCUACAAGGCUGAUGGGAACGGGAAGAUCGACCUGGUGAGAGACCCCUCACUCAGUGGGAGCUAUGUCGGGGUUGAACCCAUGGGUCUGCUGUGGUCGAUGAGGCCAGAUGUCUUGCACAAAAGGUUUCAAAAAACCAAAUCAUUAAACCCCCACGUGGUGAAGUUCUCUGUGCAUGAGGAGGAGGGGGAGGGCAGGAUGCUGGCAGAGGCGACCAAUGAGAGGCUUGUGAUGGGAGACGGGGUGAGCCGGCGUCCUGUCAAAGAGGGGAAUAUUCGUGGAGUCCUGUUCACUCCUCCAGGAGGAGGUCCGUUCCCUGCUGUGUUGGAUCUGUACACUUUUGGUGGAGGUUUGUCAGAGAAAAGGGCCUCUCUGUUGGCCAGCCGUGGAUUUGUGGUUCUGACUGUAGCCCUGUACGGUCAUGAUGACAUGGCGAAGAACAUCUCAGAGGUCCAUCUGGAUUAUUUUGAAGAAGCAAUCGAGUUUUUAAGAAAACAAGACAAGGUGGGCAGUAAAGGAGUUGGUGUAAUAUCAAUUUCAAAAAGUGCAGAUCUUGCACUAUCAAUAGCCUCUUACCUGCCAGAUGUCGAGGCCACGGUGUGGAUAAAUGGCUGCUGUGCCAAUAUUUUUUUACCCCUUCACUAUAAGAGGAGCCAAAUCCAUCCUGGGUUAAUGUUUGACAGCAGCAAGAUGAUUCCCACUGAGUCAGGGGCCUUUAAUUGCAAGUAUGCUACACAUAAUCCUUUGGAGGAGAACAAGGCCACCCUGAUCCCCAUUGAACAAGCCAAGGGGCGUUUCCUCUUUGUGGCUUCAGAGGACGACCUCAACUGGGACAGCAAGACUUACGUGGACAUAAUGGUGGAGAGACUGAAGCGUCAUGGGAAGCAGAACUUUGAGAGUGUGUGUUACCCUGGAGCAGGACAUUACCUCGAGCCGCCUUAUGGACCCUACUGCCCCUCCAGUUUUCAUGGGGUUGUAGGAAAGCCAGUCCUGUGGGGGGGUGAGCCCAGGUCCCAUGCUGCAGCUGAAGUCCAACUGUGGAAGAAGAUCCAGGAGUUCUUCACAACUUACCUGAGCUGUGAUGCUGCACAGACUGAAGCCAAAUUAUAGAUACAAAUGUGAAAGAUUGUGCAUGAAUGUUUUGGAAUGAAGCAAACAAUUUAAUAUUUGAUUAAUAAUUAAACAUUUCAUUUAGCAUACGCUAUUCACAGAGAGAAAAUGCAAAUAUUUUAAUACUGCACUCAGGGCCCUCUGAGUAGCUGUAACUUGAUAAACAUGGCCAAGAUCAUUCAAGGUAAAGCCAAUGAUGUUUUGGCAAAGUGUAACAAUCAUUCCCAGCCUAUUUGUGUUGCCCUAUGGUCUAUCUAUCUAUCUAUCUAUCUAUCUAUCUAUCUAUCUAUCUAUCUAUCUAUCUAUCUAUCUAUCUAUCUAUCUAUCCUUCCUGUCAUUUCCCAGAACUUGUUUCGCAAUCACAGUGUUUGCCAUGGCACUCUGCUCUCACCAACACAAUGUUUGCCAGCUCAUUCUGUUCUUAGACUUCACCUCAGAGUGAGACCAGUCAGGGUUAUUCAGAUUUCGUAAACAUGUUUUGCUUCUAACUUUAUGUCACCCGUCAGACAUUUCUAGACCUUUUUGCCACCACAUAUUCCCCUUGAAUCCCUUUUCUACCAAUUAGGUAGAACAUACAUAAGUGACCUCAAAUUGCCAGAUUACCGCUGCUGUCAGAUUUUGUGCCCGUACAUGUGUGUAAGGUUAUUGAUCUGUGUUUGUGAAACUGUAGUAUUGCUGUUAGCUUGCUACGAUAAGCUUAUAACUUAAGUGUAACAAUACCUUAUUAAUUAUACUAGUGCAUAAUCAGAAAAGUCACUUAUCCAUAACAGACUACAUAACAAGGUUACAUGAAAUUAGGGUUCACAUCGUGUAAGAGCGAAAAAACUGUCGGCUGCUUCCAGGGAAACUCUCUUACAGCCCCUCCCACUGGCGACCUUUAACAUGAAUCCAUCAAUAUUACAUACAGUGAUUUUACUGGUACAUAGCAUCAUCAAUAGAUAACUAAAAAAUGAUACUAACUCAUGAAUGAUUAUCAGAGAGUACAGGAUUCUUAACUGUAAAUAUUUGUCUGCCUGGCUGUAGUGAUGGCAAAAACAUACUGUGGAAUAGAUAUGAUUGUGUUAUUACAAUGAAAUCACAAAUAUAGGUGACAACAUGUGUGAAUUAGCUAAAAUGAACAGUGAGUUGACAAAUCAAAUGUAUUGUAAUGUAAUACUGUGAUGUAAUGUGAUGUGGUGAUGUAAUAUAAUGUGGUGUGUGCCAUCUGCCAUCAGUCCAUGACUCCCUGGAAUUGUCUCAUGGAGUCAAAUUCAUACCUACAAUGUGCUGCAACAUUACAAGUUCAUCUUUUCAUUUUCUCUGAGUUUGUGAUUCGGGUGAUACCACAUUGUGCAUCCUUUGACCUGGACUACUGUGGGAGUAGCUCACACCACCGUGUAGGGUCCCUCUCGUCGUGGCUCGUGCCACUUUCUUCGGAAGACUUUGACGUUGAUUCUCAACCACUUGGUCGAGUCUUGGUUCUAUCCUAUUUUCCUAGAGAUAGAUUGAUCUAUGGAUAGCAGUUAGCUGUUUCAUAUAGUCUUUCCGCUCAAUCUGCAGUUGUUCGAGCAGAGUUCCCUUGUAAGGGCCUUGCAAAUGCGAUGCAAGCAUAGGUCCACCUGUUAGCAUUUCAUGCAGUUUGGAUGCUUCUGUGAGUUUGCAUGUGAUAACUCAUUCAUGCAAAAGGCAAAGCAUCUCCCCUGUUCAGUUAGACAGCUAAAACUACAACUAGAACAACUAGAAACUUGAUGACAGUGUCUGAAACUAUAUCUUUAGAAGGAAAUGCCUCUAACCAGCGUGAGAAACGAUCUGUGAUGACAAGCAUGUAGCACUUCCCCUGUACAGAUUUUAUCAUGUCACGGUAGUCUAUGGCUAGAUGUUUAAACGGUCCUUCAGGGACCGGAAUGUGCCCCACAGGUGUUUUAUGCUUAUUGCACAUUAUUUUGAGUACAGAUCUCACAUUGGUUUAGUACUUGCUUGCAUGUACAGUGGCCAGUAUCCUUGGCCAUAUCCUUGCUAGUUUUAUCGUUUUAAACACUUCCCCCCUGCACAGUAAGAUAAGAUAAAACAUUAUGAAUCCCACAUUUGGGAACUUCACAUGUCACAGCAGCUCAAAGCACAGACAGAAAAAGGAGGGUGAUACUAUUACUUGAAUAAAAGAAAAUUAAAGAUUAAAAAAUAUAAAAGUGAUCUGUACUUUGUACUUCUGAGAUCAGAAUGGUCAGUGGAGGCACUGGUGCAACCAAAAGUCCUUCAUGUGACCUCCACAAACCAUUCUCAUUAACCAUUCUGCUGAUAUUGUCCACCUCCUCCUUAGUAUCUAUUUCCACCUCUUGAGCUGUUUGUGGAUGUACACAGCAGGGUUCUUGUUGUCGACAGCCGCCAUUUUUCUGAGUGUUUUUGAAUAUAGUUCAGUGGUUUCCAAAACUGGGAAGAGAGGCGUUGUGACCUGAUGAAUAAGGCGACAAGGGGAAAUAUUGUUAAAGGGUAACUUGAGUCAUUUUCAACCAGGAACUGAUUGUCCAUGUUUUGUGUCUAAGUGACUAAUGGGAACAACAUGUUAUUUUAAUUUGGCUCAGUAUUAAACGAAACAGCUGUGGAGAAACAGGUUACAAUGUAACCAUGUGGGGCAAUUAUACACCAUCAGUUUACAUCCAAUAAAAGUGAUUG